UGACGUCACGUGCUGGAAGUGAUUUCCGAUAGUGUGUGUGUGUUUCGUUUGAAAUGGUUGGUAGUUAUCUACCACUGUAAAACACACCCAUAUUAAACCUUUAAAAGACUCGUGAUCAGAUUUAAUUAUUUUAAAAGCAGCAUGGAUGAUGAAGAGGAGACUUACCGGCUAUGGAAAAUCCGGAAAACGAUAAUGCAGCUCUGCCAUGAUCGGGGAUACUUGGUGACGCAGGAUGAGUUGGAUCAGACGCUGGACGAGUUCAAAAGUCAGUUCGGGGACAAGCCAAGCGAGGGCCGUCCUCGAAGGACAGAUCUCACGGUGCUCGUGGCUCACAACGACGAUCCCACUGACCAGAUGUUUGUCUUCUUCCCAGAGGAACCCAAGGUGGGAAUUAAAACCAUUAAAAUGUACUGCCAGCGCAUGCAGGAGGAGAACAUCACCCGCGCCAUUAUUGUGGUCCAGAUGGGCAUGACACCUUCUGCUAAACAAUCGCUGGUAGACAUGGCCCCGAAGUACAUCCUGGAGCAGUUCCUGCAGCAAGAGCUACUCAUCAACAUCACAGAACACGAGCUGGUCCCUGAGCACAUCGUCAUGACCAAGGAAGAAGUGACCGAACUGCUGGCCAGAUAUAAGCUGAAGGAGAGUCAGUUACCCAGGAUUCAGGCUGGAGACCCGGUGGCUCGAUAUUUCGGGCUGAAAAGAGGACAGGUGGUGAAGAUCAUCCGGCCGAGUGAGACCGCCGGCCGUUAUAUAACCUACAGACUUGUACAGUGAAGCAGCAGAGGUUAUUCAUUAGGAUCUGAUGUUCCUCCAUCUGGAGACGAUGAGGCGUCUUCAUCAGUCACCGCGGGGAAAAACUCAGUACCUUUUAUUUCAGUACCGGUUCGAACUACAGAGUUGUCGCUGAAGGUUUUGGACAGUUUGUAUAUUCAUUCGCUGAAUUAAUCAUGAUUUUGUAAUAAAAUGUCUUGAACGUUCUGUUAA